AUGAUACUAAUUGAAGACUUCGCAGUAUUUAACUACCUGCUUACGGCGUUAGAAUGUGACACAUGUUACUCUUUUUCUCGUUUUCUUGCUUUUUUUCCCAUUUUAUUUGUUUAUUCUCGUCUAUCUUUGUAUUUAUUACAUUUCUUUCGAUCUUCCUCUCACUAUUUCUCUUUCACUUUCUUUCUUUCUUUCUUUCUUUCUUUCUUUCUUUCUUUCUUUCUUUCUUUCUUUCUUUCUUUCUUGUAUGUUUUAUUCUCCAAUCCCUCGCAUUCUCCUAGUUUUACUUUUGUUUCUUUGUUCGUUUGUUUGUUUGUUUGUUUGUUGGUUUCUUUCUUUUUCUUUCUUUCUUUCUUUCUUUCUUUCUUUCUUUCUUUCUUUCUUUCUUUCUUUCUUUUAAUCUUUAUUCUAAUCCCUUUCCAGACUCUCUCACAGUUCCUUCUUUUCAUUCUUUUAAUUUCGUUUUUUUUCCUUUUUAAUCUCUUUCUCUUUCUCACCCUUUUCUUUCUUUCUUUCUUUCUUUCUUUCUUUCUUUCUUUCUUUCUUUCUUUUGGCGAUUCCACUCAUUCACCCUCAAAAACGUUGAUGGCAGACAAGUGUCAACAUUUACAAAAUGAACUCUUACUCGAUUUCCACCAUAUUUUUCGUCUGGACCCUCAAAAACCCUCGCGCCCCUUCACUCUUUUUUUCGCUACCCCAUCUAUGGCCUUCCCCACCCCCUGGUCUCAAGUAUGUAACACUGGCAUUUAUCAUGUGUUGACACCCUGCGGUUCACAAGGUCCGACAUAUGAAUGA